AUGCAGCCGAAAAUCCGGACCGUCGGGGGCAGGACUACAACCUCACCACACACGUCAAUAACUACAACGGUGACGGCGCAGGUGAAUCCCCCCGAAGUUGACCCAUACGACGUGUUGCCAGCAGUGAUUGAAGUGGCUCCUCCAAUUCCGCCUCAUUCCAGCAGGAUGGAUCAGUCAAUUUAUGCAAACUUUUACGAGAAUUAUCCACCCGGUGGGGCGCUUGAUAGUCGCAACGGAUCCCCGUCUUUUCGAAAUCCCACUGCCCUGUCUCGGUACAUGUCUUCAAAGCCGGAAGAGGGUCCGAUCAAAUCGGUUUCAUUUGCUGCUCCCAAAAGUACUGCUAUUACUAACACUGUCAACUCUGCUACGGAGGCGACUAACUCGCAUUUAACUGCAGAGUGCAACAGCAAGGAUCAUCAGGAUACACAUUCUUCCGAAAGCAUUCCAAAACGAUCAGUGAAGCGAUCUGGUCUCAGCUCAGUUGCUCAGGCGAGCAAACACUCAGUCCGUUUCGUAGAUCCUGCUCCUCCCGAAGCUGAUGCGAGCAAUCGUUGCCGAGACUCCACCUGCAUGAAUAUUGUCGCUGAAGAUAAACUUCCCUCUGAUCCUCCUCAGCGUCUUACGGUCUGUUCUGGCCAUCAUGAGGAGGUAAGACUUAGCCCUGACCCAACAGAUCCACCUAGUUCGACUGUGAAUAUGGAAAAUGGACCUUUGUCAAACCUUCUCACAGUUCCACCCACGUUCAGACUGACUCGGUCCACAUCAGCGCCCCUUUCCGCUCGAUUUUCCAGACCUGCCACUUCUUUUUCCAGUUGGCAACAGACCCAUUCGCGAAUAGAACUCCUAAUCAACGAAGCUCUUGCUUCAAUGGAAAGAUUUGAAAAGGGUGGAUCCACACAGACUCUGAUCCAGAAGAUGUGCAAUUUCGAACAGGGUCUUUCAGCAGAGUUAUUACAUUUGGAGCAACUUUGUGAUACAUUUAAUAGCGAUGACCUGGUUUUGAAUGAUUUUCUUCAACAAGAGAGACAAAAGAUUGCUAGAUUGCGUGAUGGACGUCUUCUGCAAGAUUUUCAGCGACUUAAAGAGCCAAACCCUGAAAAAGGAUUCAAUGCGUUGGCUUUCUCAUUAGAACAGAUUUCGUUGUCCACCCAAGCCAUUAUUGAUACCGUCCAGUUAAACCGGUUUGAUUGCGCUGACAUCGAACACUCAAGACGUGGUCAGCAUAUGGAAGACAACUUCGGCUCUCUAUCUGUCAGUGAUCGAGAAGAUAGCGCCACAACUAGCUUAGAUUCCAACGAUCCCACCGAUCUGUCUGGACUUUUGCACGUCUAUGCUGCACAAUUCCAUUCUCACACCCUCCUGGUUCGAGGAACAGCUGAGGAAUUUCUUGGCUGUCUUCGGUGCAAAGUAAAUGAACCUAGAACUGUGAGAGGCUACCGCCUUCCAACGGCGGGCGUGCUAAUCGCAAAUGCGAAAUUCCUCCUCCGAUGCUCAAGCCAACUGGUCAGCCUUGCGGCUAACCUUUCAGCAGCUCUACAGAGCCUUCCUCCCUCCGAAGUUUCCAACUCUGCACCAGACAUCGAGAAGCUUAGAAGUGGCCUUGAAGCAUCUGGAAAUGCAGUAUGUGAGGCGCUAAAGGGUUUGAUAGCACAAACAAAGGACGUGGCCGGUUGCCUGACCUCACCUAGUCUAGAUUUGCCUACAACAGCCACCACACUGGCAUCAAAACCAGUGGUGGUAUUGGGUCCAGAGAUGGAGCGUCUAGUGGGUGCUGUUCAGGACGUGGUGGCGACGACAGAGGGCCUUCGACAAACGGUUGCUAAUUCUUCUGCCCUCCGAAAUAGUGUCAGCUCUGUAGAACGCUGA